GCUCCGCUCCGCUGUCAGACAGGUACAGCUGCGGGCUGGAGGUGCAGGUAACCGGCACUGCGAUCGCAUCUGGAUUUACACAUUUUCCAUAACAACUUAGAGGAGGAAACACACAUUUCACUGAAACGACAGCCACCAUGUCGAACGCCAGCAAAGGCGAUGGGCCCGGAAGCGACGCGCCUGCCGGCGUUCCGGACCUUCAGAGCCCGGACUCUCCGAGCGGCAGUCCCCCCAGACAGCUGUCUCUGCUGGAUGUGAUGCAGAUGGAGAACUGUUUGUCCAAUAUGACCCUGGCGCACGAGAUAGUGGUCAACAGAGACUUCCACUUCACACAGAACUCCCCUCCCAAAGACAGCUUGGAGGGUAGAGUGAAGGGGAUUGUUCACCGUGCAUUCUGGGAUAGCCUACAGGCCCAGCUGUCACUCAGCCCUGCGGAUUACAGCCAUGCGCUGUGCCUCCUGCAGGAGGUGAAGGAGAUCCUGCAGUCCCUGCUCCUGCCGAGUCACACUCGGCUCCAGGCCCAGCUGGAGGAAGUUCUGGACAUGGCGCUGAUCCGACAACAGGCAGAACACGACGCUCUAGACCUGCAGCAGCUCAGCAGCUACAUCAUCAGCACCAUGGCGACACUCUGCGCCCCUGUCCGUGACCCAGAAAUCCGCAAACUGCAGAACCUCUCAGACCCGGUGGACCUGCUGAGGGAGAUCAUGCGGGUUCUGAGUCUGAUGAAGAUGGACAUGGUAAACUUCACUGUGCAGAGCCUGAGGCCACACCUCCUGCAGCAGGCUGUCCAAUACGAGCGUGCCAAAUUCCAGCAGAUCCUGGACAGGCAGCCAGCCUCCCUGGACAAUACCACUGCCUGGCUGCAGGGGGCGGUGUUGGAGGCAGCCACAGCUGGCUCCAGCACUGAGAGCCCAGAGCAGGGUGUAACCCCGCCCACAGGAGGCUUUCCCCGCAGCCCUGGACCAAUCAGCCCCAGUGCCGCACUGAACCGCGCCUACCUCCGUCUGCUGACCUGGGACCCUGACAGCCAGCUCUAUCCCGAGACGGUUCUGAUGGACCGGGCCCGGCUGGAGGCACUGGGGCAGACCCUGCAGCUGCUGGUGCUGGAGGCUGCAGUACUGCUGGUGACCAGCACACAGUGUGGGGGCGCUGUGAUCUCUGCUGCAGGGUUUGUAGGUAACCUUAAGCAUGCCAUUACUGCCCUACUGGAGGGCAGUCACAGGAGGGACUUCGACCUGCAGGAGGCGCUGCUGGUGCUGGGAGAGCAGGUGCAGAAGCAGGUGGACGAGGUGCUGAACGCCCAAGGAGGGGGUGCCCCACCCCAGGGGAGGGACAGCCUGAGGGGGCAGAUCGCAGACCUGGCCCAGGAACUGCACCCCAUCCGCGCCCUCAUAGGGGCGCGGAUCCAGAGCUACCUGCUGGCAGUGCUGGGGGCGCCCGAGGGCCCGCGGGGUGUGCCGGUGCCCCCCUCCCUCACCCUGCUGGCCGGGGAGCUGGGCGAGCUGAGCUCCGCCCUCAGGAGCAUCGUCAGCUUCAACCGCGCCGUCUUUGGCCCCUACUACUCCCCCAUCCUCCGGAACCUGAUCCUCCCCCAGGGAGAGGUGGAGGCGGGCGUGGACUCCCGCUAGCUCCGCCCACCCGCCCCCCACCCCCAACACCAGUUUAAACUGAUGGCUCAAGGCUUGUGUUACUGAAACCAGAGACCACCUGAAUGUAAAUAGCUCCCAGCACAUUAUGGGUUCUGGUGAGAACUGUGAUGUGUCUGGAUCUGGAUCAGUGCUUUCGUUUAUCUUCUGUCUGCUGGCUGUCUGUCUUUUCAUUCACAUCGCGGUGUGGGAGUAAUCACGCAGCAUUAAUCGCGGUGUGCAGCAGGUCCUGGGACAGAAAGCAUGCGCCAAGUGCAGCUGCACUCAACGCUUCACAUGUAUUUUAUUAGUAAUUUAGCUGCCCUUUAUUAGUGAGCUGUGAGAGUGCUGUACAUUAGUUCUGCACAUUCAGAGAGAAUCAUAAUCAGAAUUUAUAAUCUUUCAACAUUUGUGGUUUUCUGUGUGGACUAUAUGUUGUUUUGAAUUGUAUGCUUGUUGAGUUCAUGGUUACCUGUACGCAUAAAUCGGUGGCUA